UUCUUUGCCUUUGAUAUUGGGAAAGAGAAAUUCUCUGAUCCAGUUUCAUUCAUCCAUCGUAAGUAGGGAUUGUGGUAGACUAUUACAUUCAUUCAGUUUGGUUAUAUGUGCUUCUCCUACAAUUUAUGAUAAUGAAGAUGAGCUACAAAUUUAAUCAGGAAAAAUGCAAGGAAUUUUAUUUUAGAAAAGGAAGAACAAAAAUUCUUGGCAUGCCUCCACCUACUACAAAACAAAAUGUGUUUUUAAUUGCAAUAGUAAAAAUAAUGUGACCUAUUGGACAAUUAGGUAACCAGAUUAUUAAAAUAUAUAUAACCCCUAAAAUUAAUUUAUCCAUAGUAUUUAAAUUUAGGAAAAAGGAUAUAUAUGAGGUUAAUAUCAGAGAAAAACAUUUUAAAUGGAUUUUUGUAGCCUUCAUUAAUUGCCUCUCUAUAAACUCCCACUUCAACAGUAACAAACCUGGCUCCCACUAUCUGCCAUCUAUGCAGGUAAUAGUUCAAUUCCAGAAUACCUUUACAUUAGUGUUAGAAUUGCAAACUAGUACCACCAUGAGAAACAGCUGUAUCACAUAAAGCCCAGUAGUUAAAUACAAUUUCUUUUGCUUUUAAUCCUAACAGAUGCCGUUCAUCUCCAAAGUUACUUCUCUCGGUAUUUUUUCCUCCACUAACUUUAGUGAAUUUAUUUCACUAAAGCUAUAAUAGGUCGAAUCUUUUGUCACAUUCUGCAUUCUAUCCUGGGAUCUACUGAUCCUCCUAAUGAUUUUUUAGAUUUUUCUCACAUUAAAUCUGCUUGCAUCAAAAUUUGCACACUGAGAUAAAAUUAUUUGGGUUUUGAUAAAUGCGUAUUGGCAAUAUCAAUCAUUAAAGUAUCAUAAAAAAUGGUUCACCUUCAGCACCCCACUUUGAACUCCUGAAAACCAUAAUUUGUUUAAUAUCUCUGUUUUUGGCUUUUCCCAAAUGCCAUAUAAAUGGAAUCAUACACUAUGUGGAGUUUUUUUGCAUAAGUUUCUUUCACUUAACAACAUGAAUUUAAGAUGCAUCCAUUUUAUUGCCUGGCUUUAUAGCUUAUUCCUUUUUAUCACUGAAUAAUAUACAUUACAUGGAAGUAUCACUGUUUGGUUAUCCACUUACCUAUGGUAGGUCAUCUUGUUUCCUUCCAGUUUUUGAUGACUAUGCAUAAAUAUUGGCAUGCUGUUUUUUUCUUGGAUAUAAUUAUUCCAACCAGUUGAGUAAACACCUAGGAGUUUGAAUAUUGAACUGUACAAUUAGUCUAUGUUUAGCUUUGUAAUAAGCUAUCCAAGUGUCUUCCAAAGUGGCUGAACAUUUUUGCAUUCCCACCAUCAAUGGAUGAGAAUUUCUGUUGUGCUGAAUUCUCAUCACCACUACCAUUAGAAGGGUUCUUUUAAUUUGAGCCAUUUUAGUAUGUAUGUAGUAGCAUCUCAUUGUUGUUCUAAUCUGUAUUUCCCUAAUUACAGAUGAUGUGAGUCUUUUUGAAUGCUAAUUUGUAUUAAAGUAUCAAUUCUUAUUUGUAUAUCUUCUUUGGUUAGAUGUGUAUUAGGGUCCUUACUCAUUUUUAAUUGGAGUUUGUCUUUUUACUGUAGAGUUUUAUGCGUUCUCUGAAUAUUUUGGAUACAAGACCUUUUAUUGAUAUGUUUUUUGCAAAUAUAUUUUCUGAGUCUGUGGUUUGUCUUUGUAUUCCCUUAACAACACAUUUUAUUAUUUUUUUAUUAAAUCAUAGCUGUGCACAUUGAUAUAAUCAUGGAACAACACAUUUUAGAGUAGAGUAUCUUAAUUUUAAUAAUGUCUAAAUGAUCAGUUUUUUUCUUUCAUUGAUAGUAUUAUGCUUUUGGCAUUCUACAUAAAAAAUCAAAAAAAAUCAUGAAUAAUUUAUUCUAUGAUUUCUUCUACAGGAAUUUCCAGAUAAGUCUAUAAACUAUUUUGAGUUAAUUUUUGUGUAAAUUAAGAAGCUUAUAUCUAAGCUCAUUCUUUCUUACUAUAUUAAUAUACAAUUGUUCCAGCACCAUUUUUUAUUUUUAAAAGACUGUUUCUUCACUGAACUGCCUUUGCUCUUCUGUAAAAGUUGACUACAUUUGCAUGACCCUAUCUCUGAGUUCUUAAUUCCAUAUCACUUCAUCUAUGUCACACUCUGUUAAUUACCCCAUUUUUAAAAUGAAUUUUGAAAUAAGGUUGUGUUAGACCUUCAACUUUUUUCUUCUUUAGUAUCUGUUGGUUAUUCUAAGUCCUUGCUUUCCAUAUAAAUUUAAGAAUCAGUGUUAAUAUCUUAAAAAGGAAACAACAACAACAAAAACCUAACUGGCUGGGGUUCUGAUUAGGAUUGCUUUGAAUCUACAGAUUAAUCUAGAAGAAUUGGUAUGUUACCACGAUAUUACAAGCCUGUAAUCCUAGCACUUUGGGAGGCCGAGGUGGGAGGAUUGCUUGAGCUCAGGAGUUUGAGACCAGCCUGAGCAAGAGUGAUACUCCAUCUGUACAAAAAAUAGAAAAAUUAGCUGGGUAUGUUGGCUCAUGGCUAUGUUCCCAGCUACUCAGGAGCCUGAGGCAGGAGAACUGCUAGAGCCCAAGAGUUUGAGAUUCCAGUGACCUCUGAUGAUACCACUGCUUUCUGUGGUGAGAGACCCUAUCUUAAAACAAAACAAAAUAAAUUAUUGGGUCUUCAAAUCAUGAAUAAGGGAGUAUAAUGUGUCCUUUGAGAAUUAAAUGCAAAUAGUUUAUAUUUUACCAUUCAAUUUUACUAUAGUUUUUGAACACAUUAAUAAAUGUAUAGAGUGCUUAAAAGAAAUAUUGACAUUCUUUGGAUAUAUCUAGCAACUACUAAAGUCGAAAAUCAUUUUCUCAUACGAAGGAAAAUUAAAUAUUAAGUACUCUACAAAUCAAUGUGAAGAAACUAAUUUCACUUUUUUAAGUUAGAUGUUCAUGGAACUUUUAGCUUCAAAUUUUUACCAUUUUUGACCCUACAAUAAAUAAAAAGUAAACUUUACACUUUUUUGUUUUAUCUUCAGAGAUAUGAGUAGGGUAUAUGAGUAGACACACAGUAUACCUCCUAUUAAAGUGUAAUAGCGGUUUUAACUAAGAAAGUUUAUAGAAAGAUUCUAGGGGAAAGAAAAGGGAGACAGUAAGGAAAACAAAAAAGAUUAUGUGCCUCAAGGAAAGCAAAAACAGAAGUGGAAAUGUGGGACAUCCAGAAAAUGGAAACUACAAUGUUCCCUAUUUAAGGCCUAUGCAAAAGGCAACCUCUUCAGAGAACCUAGAGAUCAAGGCUCAGGGUCACUUGCCUCAGCCAGCCCAGCAGCAUCUUCAACAUCCACAAUGGCCUUGCCCUUUUCUGCACUGAUGACCCUGGUGGCACUCGGCAGCAUGUCCGUCUGCUCUCUGGGCUGUGAUAUGCCUCAGUCCCACAGCCUGGGCAACAGGAGGGCCUUGAUUCUCCUGUCACAAAUAAGGAGAAUCUCUCCUUUCUCCUGCCUGAAGGACAGACGUGACUUCGGAUUCCCCCAUGAGGAGUUUGACGGGAACCAGCUCCAGAAGGCUCAAGCCAUCUCUGCCCUCCAUGAGCUGACCCAGCAGACCUUCAACCUCUUCAGCACAAAUGACUCAUCUGAGGCUUGGAAUAAGACCCUCCUGGACCAGUUCUGCACUGGCCUCUAUCAGCAGCUGAAGGAGCUGGAAGCCUGUCUGACGCCAGAGGAGGGAGUGGAAGAGGCUACCCUGAUGACCGAAGACUCCAUGCUGGCCGUGAGGAGCUACUUCCGAAGAAUUGCUCUCUACCUGAAAGAGAAGAAAUAUAGCCCUUGUGCCUGGGAGGUCAUCAGAACAGAAACCAUGAGAAUCUUCUCUUCAUCAACAAGCUUGCAAGAAAGAAUAAGGAGAGAGGAGUGA